ACAAAUUUUCAAAAGAAAACUAUUUUGACGUUUCCUUUCCAGUGUGUUUUUCACUGUCUUUCUGCAUUUUUCGAGGAUAAUAUUAACUGAUCCAGGUUCCGAGCUGCGCUUAAACCAAUAAAACCCAAAUUCUCGUAAAAAUCAAGAAAAGCCCACCAUGAAAUGAUUAGUUGGCCAUUUUAUCCGCGCCGCUUGUCAUCCAUUUGCGCACUCGCAUAAUCAGUAUAAAACAUGGCCGGGAGAAGUUCACUGGAUGACCGGGAUAAUAGAGACUAUGGUGGUCGUCGAGGCGGCAGGAAGCCUCUACCCACCGAGCCUCCUUUUACCGCCUACGUAGGGAACUUGCCCACCGGCGUUGUCCAAGGCGACGUUAACAAAAUGUUUAGCGAAUUACAAAUUAAAAAUGUCCGCCUGGUUAUGGAUAAAGAAACGGACCGCUUUAAGGGAUUCUGCUAUGUCGAGUUCGAUACUUUACAAGAUUUGGAAAGGGCUAUUGCAAUGAACGGAGAAAUCGAGGUCGACGGAAACAUGAUCAAAAUUGAUGUUGCAGAAGGUAAAAGAAACGAUAGAGGAGGCGGGUUUGACAGGGGCGGACGUGCAGGCGGAAACAGAGGCCGAGGAGGUUUUAGGGGAGACCGACCGCAACACGGAGGCUUCAACGAUGGUGACUUCGACAGAAGGGGCGGUCAACCAAGGGGUGGCCCCGGGGGUUUUCAAGAUCGCGGUGGAAAUCGCGGAAACUACGGCAACUUCGCUGGCGAAGAUGCUGCUUCCUGGGGCGGUGGCGGCAUGAAACAGGGCGCUCCGAGAGGUGGUGGACCGGGAGGCUUUGGAGGUCACUUGGGAGGCGGCGGAAGACCACGGGGAGGUGGUCCCGGCAGUGGACCUCCACCAGACAGGAAGUACACUGAAGACUUACCUAGUGGUAAUCCAGAUACAACGGGCAGGCCGAAACUUAAAUUGCUACCGCGUACAGUCAAAGAUCCGGUGAACAGCGUGGCAGAUUCGUCGCGGAACGCGGCUAUUUUCGGUGGUGCGAAGCCCCGCGAAGAAAACUUGGCGGAAUCGCGUGAAUGAGACAGACUCAAACUGGCGCAGUCUCUUUCCGCUCUGGCCGCAGCUAAAAAGUAAAAAAAUGGCGGCGGUUAAGGGGCCAGAGACUUUUCUGCGCAUGCUAAGUGUUUUGGAAAUAGUAGUGAUGACGGGGUGCACCCGAGGGAGUGGCAAGCUAGGAAUAGGCUACAAACGUUUUGAACGACGACCGGCUAAGUUGCGGCUAUUUCGGUUUGAUUUUACACAUUUUUAGAGCGGCAAAGGUAAUCACACUGAAUGUACGGGGUUAUAUUUAUUAUAUUUGUGCCUAUAACUUGAAGGGGUUACCAUAAGUACUAGAGAAGAAAAUUCUAAGAUAUAAGGAUUGACUUCUCGUUUAUCUGUAGGACUUAUUAAAAAAAGACAUGAAGAUAGCAUUUUUUUUGAAGGGUGUAUAUUUUUGCCUGUUUAAUAGGGGGCUAUUAGUUCACCAUUACAGUAGAGCCUUGUUAAUCCGAACUAAUUAAAACCAGGGUGAUUCGGAUUAGUAAAAAAAUCGGACUAGUUUAUUUUUAACAAUUUAUAGAAGAUGUGAUAUAUACAACUACUGUUUAUUAAAUAAACACGUACAACUAAUAUUUCUUGUAAAACUUGAAAUUUUUGUUUUUUCUUCAAUUUUUUUGCUUUUACAAAAAAGCACUCUCUUUUAUUCUUUGCAGAACUAAAAUAUCCCAGGACCACAUUUAAAGUAUUACUCGCGUUUUCAUUUUUUAUAAUCUUUAAAUGACUAAUUUUUUGUCCUUCCAGUGUACCUUCUUCAAGCGGCAAUAAAGAUUUAUAAUUUUCAAUCCAAACCUUAAUUUCUUCGUCAUGCAAGGAUUCUUGUGAUAAAGAACAUAUAGCAUAUAUGAGAUAAUGAUAAAAAAAAAUAUAAUGAUAAAUAGAAAAAGAUAAUGUUAAAUAAACCGUAAUUUCUUGUUGAAUUUUCAACAUUUUUCGCCUCACCAAACUCAACGGUAUCAAAUCACCAGGAUCGUCGUCUAAUUUCAACAUAUUCGCGGGUUCACUGAGUAGAAUUUUGAUCUAGCAUUUUUUGCAAAACGUGUAGGGAAACUUUCCAGGUGUUAUGUAGCGGGCACAUUGCAUAUUUCUGAGUAAUAUUCCUGGGUAACUUACCAACGUCUUGUUGAUCACUGGAAAGAGUGUGUCCUACUAAACUCUUUCUAUAAAAUAGCUUUUACUUUUUUAAGCGAAUAGCGUUUUGAUUAAAUGGCUGAAUAUGAGCUAUGCAGUUCAGCGGCAAAAAAAAGUGUUGUAAUAUAUUCAUUUUUACUAACAAGUUUCUCUCGACUUCCAUGGUUGGUGGAGUUGUCGACAAGUAGGACUUGUGCGGGUACAUUUUUUUCUUUUAAAUAUGUUUUAAGACACAUAUUUAGGUACCUGAGGCAGGAAUUUGUGGUGGAAUAUGAAUAUUUCAUGAAUUUCAUUCAUAUUCACAUAAAAUAUACUAGAAGUCAUUCAUGCGUUGCACGUUUUCCUUCCUGAUGCUGAUUUUUCAUAAAAGCCUGCUAAUGUUUGAUCUGACAGGAGUUUUCUCUCCAGUACAAAGCUGAGUUAUUCAUUUAUAUAUUUGAGAGGAAAAAAUUUUCAAUUCCCAACUUUCUCCGACGUCAGUAUGAAAGGGUCAAUAGCGCUUUCAUUGCAGGAUAAUUUUCUCCGCAAAUUUGUAAUGCUCUUACCAAGCCCGCUUCUUAACUUCGCAAUUCAACCUCUACUAAUGAGCCAUAAAAUGAUCUUUUCCAUAACUUUGGGUAUAGAAUUGCUUUCUUUUUGACGCCAAGAUUUCGUAUGACAUAAAAAUAUGCCUCGAUCUUUGCCUACAUGUUUCUACAUUUUUCUAUUUCAGGAUACUCGGCGAAGCACAUGCAUAAAAAAUUACAAAAAAUACUUACAGCCCGAUUUUUUAUUUGCGCUUAUUGAUGUCACUCAUAAUCGAUGCACCGACUCUGUACUCGGCAGCUACAACUUUUCUACUGAAGUUGUAGCUGUAUUCUUGUAAUCAACCUGUUGGGACUACCAUUGUAUGUAGUUUAAGCUGGUUAAAUCUGGCUAAGACAUUCGGAUUAGCGCAUACAUAAAAAUUGGGAUUACAAGAUACAUUAUUAGUUUUUUUCAAUUCUGAUUAUUGUGUUCGUAUUAACGAGGCUCUACUGUAUUAUGUUUUAUUUUUAAAAUAUAUAUAUUCUUUAAAAAUAGGUACUUUAAAAAUGUAAUUUACGAAAUCCAUGGCUAACUCACUAUAAUAAACUCAAAUACAAGACUAUAAAGGUUUCGAAAGUAAUUCAAAAUAUAGUGUUUAAUAGCUUUAAUAUUAUAUUUGCAAUAAAGGAAACUACAAGAAUCAAGGUUUUAGAAGCAUGCAAUUAAACUGUUUGGCUCAUCUGGGUAUAAAGUUUGUUUGUUGCCCAUUAAAACUUAAUCCAAAAGAUGGUAUAAUGUACGAGUCCAAAGCCCAUCAUUUUCCAGAUAUUUACUUUUUUGUUAUUUUUUAUAAAGUCUUAGAUUAACCCUUAAUAUUAAAAAAAAUUUAGAUACAAAUUUAUUUCAAAAAAUGUUUGUAUUGUUUUACCUAAUAAAACUCUAUUUCAAAACUGUACAAGCUAGAAAAAACAUUUACCAUCAUUUUCGAUGAAAAUUGAUCAUUAUUUUAAAAAACUAGUCCCGAACUUAAGGUGCGUAACAUUUUAAAAACAUCUACACCUUACUAGCUAUCUAAUGAAAUAUAAAAAUCAACAUGUAAAGAAAAUUCUUUAUGAACAAAUUAUAAAUACCUUUACAAUUGAUGUUCGAUAUGAGAGCCUAUAUUUCUUAGACAAAGUCGCAUUCUUUCUUGGUGGCUUUUUACAACACUGCUAGUCACUUGACGGUGAAUAACGUUUGCAGUAUUUAUUAAGCGACUUCUUAAGUCUUCAACAUUUACCACAGGAUCCACGUCAAACACUAGACUUUUCAUAUGCCCCCAACGAUAAAAAUCCAUAGGCGUGAGGUCUGGACUUCUUGCUGGCCAAAAAAUGGGUCCACUUCUUCCAGUGCAUCGAUCAGGAGAUUGGGCAUCUAACCACUUAGUUACCACUAGACUUACUGUAAUAUUAAAUGUGCAGGACACCCAUUUUAUUGCCCGAGGCACAUCUUUAAGACGUUCAAACAAAUGUUCUCGUAAAAUUCUCCAUUAAAAUUGUCGGGGGAGAAAAUGUGGGCUAAUUAAAUGAUUGUUGCUAAUUACCAUCCAUACGUUUAAUGAAAGUGGCCGCUGUGAAUUUGGUCGUUAUUUAUUAAGAUUUUCUAACUCUUUGAUUAUUUGUUAUACUAGUUAUGGUAUAUUGUUAUACCUUCUGGAUCAAACUUUGAUUCACACGUUGUAAAAAACCAUUUAACCCAUAUUUUACCAGGGCAUGAAAAAACAACAAUUUUUCGAAUAGCAAUAUUUAUUUUGUAUUAAAAUAGGUUAGAAAAGAAGAUUAUGAGACAAAAAAAAAGUUACAUUCAAAAACUUCCAAAAAAGGGCAUGUUGCGUUUUCGCAUCAUUGGCUAAAUAUAUGAACAAAAAAACGUAAUUCAAUCGGUAUGGAGGGGCACGUUGCAUUUUUUACAUAAAAAUACCGUUUGACUACAUAUUUUGCAUCUACGUCUGGAGUGGAGCGAUUUAGUGAUAAUAUGACCGAUAUUAUCAUAUCUUUGCUCAAGAACUGCCUGAGGGGUAGUAAUAGAUGUACGAAUGGAAGAUUCAGUUUUUAUCAGGCGAAGAGCAAUGUACGAUUUAAAGUCUAGUUGACUAAUAUUUUUGUCACUGACAAUGUUAUAAACCUUCCAACAAUUGACUAAAGUGCUAUCACCACUUUUUUCCAGAUAUCCCUAUUCUAUAAUUGGCUAUCCCGUUAUCGUGGAGAUCUACUCCCCCCAUGGAUUUGUUGUACAUCUUGAUAACAUUAGGUUGCUGAAUAGGAUUGUCUUUUUUUUGCUUUACGGUCAUACCUUUUAGCUCUGUAUAAUGGUUCGUCAUUGUAAUGGUUACUUAUUACUAUGACCACUGAAUUAUCGUUCCAUCUAACUAAUGAGACCCCACUGACAGUGUCAUGUGCCGAAAUGUAGUAGUCGCGUUUUUGUUUAGAAACACUUUUGGUCCCUUCUAAAGGACAGCGGAGGCACAGCAUAAAGAAACCAGCAGUCGCACUUCAAUAAAAAUACAUUGGCUUGAAUAAGCGAGUUCGGUGGAUGUGUACUAACGCAGGCGCGGCAUAUUUGCUUAUAGUAGGGAUGCCGCUGACACUCGCUACGGUCCACGCGGCUUUUGCCUUGGGUAGAGCCGGACUUAAACAUUUUUUUAGAUAUUAUUAUCUUGUAAAAUAAAAAUACCUACAUAGUACAAAUAUUUAUUUUUUAAUAUUAAUAAAGUUCAUACAUUAACAAAAUAUUUAAAUAAAAAUAAACAUCGCAUUUCUACAUCUAACAACGACGAUAUAGAAGAAUACGUGCAGGAAGUUAAUUAGGUAUGUACCAUAAAUUUAAGAGACCAUUCUUUAAGUAGUUUUAAAACAAAAAGUUCAUUUAAACAUAUGUCCAGAAAUUCUUCGUUCUCAAUAUACAGGGUGUUAAAAUUUAACAACAACUAAAAUAUACGCCACUGACUUUAGUGCAAUUAUUAUUAUGUUCUGUGGAUUAUACAAAUAAAACUUUUUUGUCUCUUGAAUUUUUUUCGUAUCUUGCUUAGUUAAUAAUAAAUUCCAAAAGAAACUUUUCCCCAAAUUCCGUGUGUGAUCCAGGGAUAUGCAAUUAAGUGGCCUUUUUUUUUUCUCGAAAAAUAAGCAAGAUACGAAAAAGUUGUAUUUUUAUUUGAGUAAAUCAAAUAAGAUAUUAAAAAUGGCACAAAAUUCAGGUGCCCCAAUUUUUUUGCCACAAAUAUUUCUUCAGGUCCCGUUCGAGAUUACGCUGAACCUCAUAAAUUUAAUCAUGUUAGGGGUAAAUUAGCUCCUUAAUGUUAUAAAUAACACCGCCAGAGAACUUGCGGACCAAGUACCAAUACCCUGAAGUACCAACUAAAGUGAAAGUAUACAAUUUUGCAAAUCUUUUAAAUAUGGCAACACUGUUAAAAUCACCCUGUAUAGAUCUGUUUUUUCUCUAUUAUAUAAUACGAAGUAAUUAUUAUAAAUUAUAAUAAUCAUGAUAUUCAAGAUAACUUAUUGCUAUGUACUUACCUUUCUGAUUCUCUCGGAAAUCUAAAAAAACUCAAAUCACAAUUAUUUGAAUUGUUCUUACAUAAAACAGCCGCACAACGACCCAUUCCCCGCGAUUCUGCUAUACCGGAGUGCGACUGCUGGUUUCUUUAUGCUGUGGCGGAGGGUUCUGUUUUCCCUUAUAGUUCCGCUCGCAAAAUAACCUUUAUCGGUAAGAUAUGAAAAUAAUUGAAACGAAGAAAAAUAAUUAUCAAAAAAUACUUGAUGCUUCAUUGGGUCAUUCACUAUAAACAAUAAAUCAACAACAACUUGCCCACCCAGAUACCUAUAUACAGAUUUUUGUUUAUUUGGAUUUGCUCCGGCGUAUGGAAUGAACUGAUAUAAAUAACCGUCAGACGAACAAAUACACCAUAAUUUAAAACCAAAUCUAACGGGUUUAUCCCUAAUAACAUUUUGCAGGAGUGCCUGCCAAAGUAAGGAACCAUUUGUUCGUCAAUGGACAGACAGUGUGAAAAUAUACCAAACUGCAACAUUUUCUGAUUUAUGAGAUCAAAAAAUGGCCUAAGCUUACAAAACUUUAUCAUUUUUAUCUAAUUGUGCGUUAUCUGACAAAUGGAGAUUUUUUUUAAUAUUGUAAAAUUUAUUUCGACUCAUACAUUUUUUCACAAUGUCUAUCCCCUUGUCUUCAUCAGUUGACCAAUAUAGUUGUGUUUGUGGUAGCUUAUUAUUAUAUUAUAUAUUAUAUUAUUAUUACCUGUAAAUAUUAGCAGUCCUAUAAACUUUAGUAAUUCAUAUUUAUCCAACUCAAAGUCAUGUCGAUUAUUAUCUUUUGCAUAUUUUUCCGAAAAUGUUACAAUAAGAUUUAAUACUUGGUCAUCAAAGAACAAAAAGAAAAUGUCUAAAGGUGACUUUCCGUGGAGUAAAUCUACCAAUUUCUCAAGCGAAGGGCCUUCAUUCGAAAUAGGCUGGGACAUCAUAGGAAUUGAACCCUUUUUCCAUUUUGGUUCCCUACUUUGAAAUUGGCUGGUGUUAGACCUUUUCCGUUUCUUUUCUGCCAAACUCUCAUCAUCAGACGAAUCCCAGUCAAAUUCAUUGUCCUGUCUUAUCUGUAAUUCAAAUAUGCCCGCUAUGUCCACAUCAUUUUGGCUAUUUUUUUCGUUUACAGCAAUUACAUCGUCAUCUAUAUUUUCUUCGUCAGUCAAGCUAUCUGGUUCUGGAGGAAUAUAAACAGCAUCAAUUUCAACUAAAAUAAUUUCCGUCUACAUAACAGGCCUAACAAAAAUACUUAGUAGAUCUUACCAACAUCUCCGAAAUGUUCUGCUUCCAAUUCAUCUACUACUUCAUAUAAAGCACACUCUCCAGCUCUUUUUGCGUAAAAAAUUUAGGCAUGUUUUUAGAAAAUACACAUACACUUAGCACCGAUUAAAAUUCAAUAUCACUAACAACUUUCUUAAACACAAACACACAGACAAGCCUAGACCGCAAUAUCUCUAGCUGAUACCGUUGGCAACUCGAGCGCUAUUUCGACCAAAAUACAGAUAACGUAUUUUGCCAGUGAUGCGUUUUCGCAACAUUUACAAUUUGGAGUCAAGUAUUUUGGAAUUUGUAAAAUUUUUGUGUUGUCAGUAAAAAAAAGGUAAAUACACACAUGUGUUAGCAAUACGAUUCAGCUAAACAAAUCUCGCCUGUAUUAUGCUUACCAAUAAUAAACAAUAAUAUUCGAAAGUAUGUUUAGGCAUUAAAAUUUUGCUUGAAUUGGAAUAAAAAUUUAAAAAUCAAAACACUGGUUUAUUUAUUGAGUGUUUUAAAAAUCUUUUUAGUUCAACCUUAGUAAAUACUAUAGUAACGUUAGAUAUUUCAUUUUUUAUUUUGUUUAUAUUAUGAAAAAAAAAUUAAUAUGACUGUUGCGUUUUCGUAUCAUUGGUAAAAAAUGGGUUAAGGAAUAAAAUGCGACUUUAUGUAAAGGUAUGUAGAACGUUUUAUUUCUUUCAUUUAUACUAUAUGGAUAUUAGAAUCCGUUCUUAUAGAUUAUUUUUUCAUAGUUCUUCAAAUUUUGGUUCGAUUUUUAUAUCUCAUUAGAUAGCUAGUAAGUUGUAGAUGUUUGUAAAGUAUUACGCAGAUUAAAUUCCGUUCAGAUUAAUUUUCAUUGAAAAUUAUGGUCAACAUUUUCUUUUUUAACUUGUGCAGUUUUGAAGCUCUAAUUGUCAAAUGUUUAGAGUUUUUUUUUGUUUUUCAGAGUUUUAUUGGGUAAACUAAUACCAAUACUUUUUAAAUACAUUUGAAUAAUAAUUUUUUUAACUUUAGGGAUGUCAAUCUAAUUAUAAGAGUUUAAAAAAAUAAUAACAAUAUAAAUAUCUUGAAAACCGUAGACUUUGGACCCAUACAUUAUUAAGCAAUUUAUUUGCUUAUGACUUCUCCUAAGACCCCUUAAAAGGAUCCUGACCUGUAUGUAAGGAAACUUCUACGCCUACAUUGCAAAAAUGAAGCUAUGUAAGUUUGAAGGCAGUUAAAAUCACUUAUAUUAACACUUAAUUUAAUCACUAAUAUUUAAGGAUAUAUUUAUUCAUCUGAUGAUACCCAAAUGGGUGAUUAAACUACGACUUUGUAAACCCUGGAAAUAUAGGUACAAAUAUGAAAAAUAAUUCUGUAUCUUGCAGCAUUGUUAAAACCUUGGUUGAUUGACAUAUUAGAAGAAAGAUCGAAUGUCUAUAAAUAUUAAUAUUUUUUAGUGGAAGAAACCUCACAAAAAUACUUGCAGGUUUGUUUUUAAUCAGAUUUUUUCCUGAGCAACCUGUGACAUAAAGUUUGUCGGAACGUAUCAUAUACUUAAUUUAUUUAUCAAAACGAAACAUCAAAAUAAAAGCAAUAUUUUACAAUAUCAUUUAUUCCAAUUUUACACGACUUUUAAUGUGUGAAUUAAAUUUUUUAUCGAGUCUACGAACAUAUUCAUAACAAAUAUAAUUCUUACUUAGUGUAUAGUUUUUAGCUCAUUUCUUGCUUUCCACUCCCUCGACAGUACAAAAAAAUUUAACCCGGUAGUGCGAAUGCGACGAACUGCCAUAGAAAACCAGGUGAAAGUGACAAGUUAAAUUGGAACUCUUAAAAUGAUUGUUGUAUCGCACACACCCAUACAUUUGUAAACAUAAUACUAGUAGUUUUUUUUUGUUUUAUUCCGUGUUUAUUAUUAAAGGUUUAUUCGGUUUUUGUAAAUUAUAUUGUGAAGGAGCGUAACGGAUAUUUGCUAUGCUGUGCGUAUGAUUUUAUUAAUUAAUUUUUAGUUCAGUUUAUUGCCACAUUUUUUUUUAGCUAUUAACGAUUAUUGCGGCGUAAGAAAAUUUUUACUAACGAAAUUUUACAGAGUGUCCAUUAAGAUGAACCAAAUGCAAGAACUUGUUAUUUCAACUCUGAGUCUACUUUAAAUGUUUAAACAUAGCAACUUUUUUUUUAAAGCGGGCAAAAAUGGAAAUUAUAUAUUGAUUCUUGUGUCGCUGUUUAAAUAUUUUAAGUAACUCAAUAUACAGGGUGGCUAUUUGAAAACGAAACAGAGCCUAUUUUGGGUCCCUCAGAACAUUUGCGAAAAAAUCCUCGGACCCGUCGAUUUUUGAUUCAAGGGGGAAACAUUUUUUUGCUAGUUUCGCCCCUCUGAGGGCAAAGCCCUAACGGGGGUGACAAGGGCCCCCAAAAUUUUAAAUAGAACGGGGGGUCGAGUGAUACCUUAUUUUGAAGGUAUUUUUUAUGUGGAUUAUAACCCUAAAGUUUUAAAUCGUUACUAUUUGCCUAGUCGAUACAGGGGCUAAUAGAAGUUACAAAAAAAUGUUAAAAAGUAUAAUUUUAAAUAAAGGGCUUAAAGAUAAAGUCAAUUAAGUAAAUGUUCAAAAUGUUGGCCUUCGACUUCCAUACAAUAAUACAGGUUUUGUUCAAACCUUUCCCGUACAUUUUGCAAAAUUUCUGGGGUGAUUGAUUUGCGACAUUCAUCAAUUAUUCUUUGUCGCAAAUGGUCUAGCGAUGUUGGCUGACUAGCAUAAAUUUUAGUUUUUAAAUGGCCCCAUAAAAAAAAAUCUAACGGGCUUAAGUCCGGGGAACGAGGAGGCCAUUCAAUAGCUCCUCUUCUUCCAAUCCAUUGUCCUGGAAACGUUUGGUCCAAAUAUUGACGAACCCUUGCAGCAUAGUGGGGUGGCGCCUUAUCUUGCUGAAAUACUAGACGAUUUUCCAAGUACUCGUUGUUAUUUUCUAGUAUCUCCACUAAUGCUGGAUGAAUUGUAUUUUUUAAUAACUCCAGGUACAUCUCUCCUGUUAAAUCGCCAGGUAAAAAAAAGGGGCCUACGGUAUGUUUACCAAAAAUGCCAGCCUCACGUGAGGUGUAUGCACCUCUCGAAAUAUUCUGGGAUUUGAAUCAGCCCAAUAGCGACAGUUGUGACGAUUCACAGUACCGUUUAGGAAAAAGGAGCAUUCGUCAGAAAAAACAUACAUUAAAUAGAAAGUAUAGAUCAUUGGCGGCUUGUUCAGAUAUAGUUUCACAAAAUUGUACUCGCCUAUCAAAAUCGUCUUCGUUUAGUUCUUGUACGAGAUGCAUUUUGUACGGAUGAAACUUGUUUUUUUUUAAUAUCUUCUGAAUGCUGCUUCUCUUAAUACCAGACACGGUUGAUAACUUCCUUGUGCUCAGUGUAGGUACUUGCACAAUAUGGCCUAAAAUAGCUACUUCUGAAGCUUCAUUCACCAUCCAUUUCGCGCUUUUUAUUAGCCACAGACCCAGUUUCCCUAAAUUUUUGAACCAAUUCCAAAAUGUUGGAACUUGCGAUGGACCUGUCGAUUAGGGUGUUGUAGUGUGUUAAAGAGCUGGGCAGUUCUAUUAGCAUUUUCAUUGUUCGCAAAGAAAAGAGAAAUUAUUUCAACUCUUUCAGCAAGUGAAUAAACCAUUAUCACACUCAAUGUUGUAACUAACUAACUUUAAAGAGCUAUUUGUUUGACACACUAUGAUCUGACAGCAGUAAUUGACAACCACUAUUAAACUUCAAAAUGUUGCUAUAAUAACAGUCUCAACAAUAACCAAGAGUUCCCUUGCAGAAUUCGCAUAGAUACCUACGGGUAUUAAAAAAAAAACAACAGAAAGUACGCUUCACAAUGUAGGAGAACAAAAUUUUUUGUAUUUAUUUAACUGCUAAAUUUAAAAGCAUUUUUUUUCAUAAAAAAUGUUGACAUGUUUUUGUAACUUUUAUUAGCCCCUCUAUCGACUAGGCAAAUAGUAACGAUUUAAAACUUUAGGGUUAUAAUCCACAUAAAAAUACCUUCAAAAUAAGGUAUCACUCGACCCACCGUUCCAUUUAAAAUUUUGGGGGCCCUUGUCACCCCCGCUAGGGCUUUGCCCUCAGGGGGGCGAAACUAGCAAAAAAAUGGUUCCCCCUUGAAUAAAAAAUUGACGGGUCCGAGAAUUUUUUCGCAAAUGUUCUGAGGGACCCAAAUUAGGCUCUGCUUCAUUUUCAAAUGGCCACCCUGUAUAUAACACUCAAUAUAUUUAAAAUCAAAACGACAAAUAUAGAGGUUUAGUAUUACGUUAUUCCACUCUAAGAACUUAUUUUUACUAUUCAAAUCAUCUUAUAUUUUUGUCUAUUCUGUUGAACGGUAUGUAUGUAGGUUUUAAUUUUCUAUUUUUAAAAUGUAUCGGAUGAUGCGCAAUUUUUUUUUUGUUAUUGCCAUUGUUUACUUAAGCUUAUGUGACUACGAAUAUUCUGUAAGACUUAUCGUUUAUACUUGUCGCAUAAGUCCUACUCACAUUUAGGUAAUAAUUUUUAGUAUGUACUUUUUUACAUAACUACUCGAAAAAUAAAAGAAACUAAAAAAUAGUAAAAAUAAUAAAAACCUUAUAAAAUAUACUAUCGCUGCUGUGUGAUAAAUGUAUUGGACGCUGCUUCUUUUUUUAAAUUUUAUUAGUUAUAAAAUAAAUGCAUUUUAAGGAAUAAAUAAUUAUUUAUUUUACACGGUUAAUUUUAAGUAGGUUCAUUUUUGUGAGGUAGGGUCAAGUUACUUGGCAUGGACAUUUCUCAAAUUUAAAUUUGCAUCCGUUUAAGCUUGCAAUUUAUUAAAGAAUCAAAAUCAAGUUUAGUUAGGUGUCAAUUAAAUAACAUGGUUUGCCUAUUUUGAAAAUGUUAAACAUUUUUAGUGAAACAGCAAUUUUCACUUAGGUCUAUUCUUUAAUUUCUAAAUAAUUUUGUCAUGUAUAAACCUGUUCAUACAUACUCUUCUCAAAUACUUAACCGGGUGUCCCUCAAAAAAAGUAUGUUUGAUGAGAAGGUUGCUAAAUUAGCAUAUAUUAAACAAUUGAAUACCAUUUCCGGUUUGACCGGAAGUGAUAUGAACUUGGUUUUUAUAAUGAAACCCUUUUUCAGAAGAAUCUAAAUAAGAGAUUCAAGUUUUGUUAUCUGUACAAGUUUUAAAGGCAAAGUGCUUUGAAUAUUUACUUUUUGAUUUUUAUAAGAAAAUUUUUUUAUUCGUAAUUUCCCAAUAUUUUUUUUAAUUAAAUGAAAUUCAUGUCUAAUCGAUAAGUCGGCACCUAUCAAAAGAUGCGGCGAUACCGUGGGAGUUUUAAUGCGAAAUAUCUCGUAAAAAAAUUGAAGAUAUAAGGAAAGUUUUCGAAUAAAAAUUAUUUAUAAUCGAAUGGAGAUUAACCUCAAGCGGUUAAGACUAGUUUGCAUUAAAAGUUUUCGAGCCUUCUGGUCAAAAUAGCCCCCUCUUAACCAUAAAACAUCGAAUUUUAAAAUUAUCGCUUGGCUAGUAAUAUCCGAUUGACACCCGGUAUAUAUUUGAGAUUGCAAUAAAGUUAAUGUUCGUAAAAUUAUUAACCAUAUAAGAAAUACCCAAAUUAUGGUAUUUUCAAUCAUCCUUUCCCUGUUUAGAAGUUUAUCGGUUUAUGUUAUAUCUAGUAGACAUUUUAUCCAGGGUGGGUUUUUCGGCAAUAAAUGCAAAAUUUGUCUUGUAAAUCACUAUAUGAUCCAACAAAGUGCUUAUGAAACUCUCAAAAUCACUUUUUUGGACGGCUGUAGGGGUGAAUGUAAAGUUUUUGUAUUUUUAAAUUCUACUUUCUCCAGAUUUAAUUGAAUUAAGGAAAACGGGGCUUCGUUGCAAAGUUCCGUUCAUUUUUUAUUGUAACUAAAACAUGUAUAGUAAGUUCGGAAUUUUGCAAUUUGACGCCAAGGGACAUAGUUACACAUAUUGUGUAGUUGUCUGGUUGUAUAAUAUAUUAAUAAUAAAAAUGUCUGACUCAA